CGCGCGGCUCCCGGCGCUGCCGGGCUGCUCGUAGCUGCGGCGGUCUCCGGGAAUCGGGUUCCUUCCUCCCGGAUCCCAGCGCCGAGCAUGGCGAGCCGCCUGCCGCCCUGCGUCGUAGACAGCGGCACCGGGACUAAAAGUUAUAAGGGAAGACAGAAUAAGAGAGUUGGAGAGAACCUUGGAGAUCUUCCGGUCCAACCCCCUGCUAAAAUAGGAGACCCCAUGCUGGGCAAAUGACUGUCCCCUAUCUUCUUGAAAACCUCCAGUGUUGGAGCACCCACAACUUCUGGAAGGAAACCAUUCCACUGAUUAACUGUUGCCAGUCAAUAUAGGUACACAAAACUGGGUUACGCCGGAAAUACUGAACCACAAUUUAUUAUCCCAUCAUGCAUUGCAAUAAGAGAAUCAGCCAAAGUAGGUGACCAGGCACAGAGGAGACUGGCCCAAGGCGUGGAUGAUCUAGACUUUUUCAUUGGAGAUGAAGCUCUCAUUAAACCCACCUAUGCUAUAAAGUGGCCUAUCCGACAUGGCAUGGUGGAAGACUGGGAUCUUAUGGAAAGGUUCAUGGAGCAUAUUAUUUUUAAAUAUCUUCGAGCAGAACCAGAAGAUCAUUAUUUUUUAAUGACUGAACCUCCACUGAACACACCUGAAAACCGAGAAUAUCUUGCAGAGAUUAUGUUUGAAUCAUUUAACAUACCUGGACUUUACAUUGCUGUGCAGGCAGUGCUAGCCUUAGCUGCAUCCUGGACUUCACGACAAGUUGGCAACCGUACCUUAACUGGCACAGUUGUUGACAGUGGUGAUGGGGUGACUCACGUCAUUCCAGUGGCAGAAGGUUACGUAAUUGGCAGCUGCAUCAAGCACAUCCCCAUUGCAGGAAGAGACAUCACAUAUUUUAUUCAGCAACUCCUAAGGGAAAGGGAGAUGGGGAUCCCUCCAGAGCAAUCCCUGGAAACAGCAAAGGCUAUAAAGGAAAAGUACUGUUAUAUUUGUCCUGACAUAGUAAAAGAAUUUGCAAAGUAUGAUGCUGAUCCCCACAAAUGGAUUAAGCAAUACACAGGGAUCAAUGCCAUCAAUAAAAACACAUUUACGAUAGAUGUCGGCUAUGAAAGAUUCCUUGGGCCGGAGGUUUUCUUUCAUCCAGAGUUUGCCAAUCCAGAUUUUAUGGACUCUAUUUCGAAUGUUGUGGAUGAAGUUAUACAGAACUGUCCCAUUGAUGUUCGACGUCCUUUGUAUAAGAAUGUGGUGCUUUCAGGAGGAUCUACAAUGUUUAGAGAUUUUGGUCGUCGUUUACAGAGGGACUUGAAAAGAGCAGUAGAUGCUCGACUAAAAAUCAGUGAAGAACUCAGCGGUGGUCGAAUAAAGCCGAAACCUGUGGAAGUUCAAGUGAUCAGUCAUCACAUGCAGCGUUAUGCCGUCUGGUUUGGCGGAUCUAUGCUUGCGUCGACGAGUUCUUUGACGUGUGUCACACCAAGAAAGCCUACGAGGAAUAUGGUCCUGGCAUUUGCCGUCACAAUCCUGUUUUUGGAAUUAUGUCAUAAGAUUCACAGUGCAGCAUCAUCACAGUGCAGCAUCAUGGUGCAACUCUGGGGUCUGAUGGCGAACUUUCUGCUGAUGAGGAGAGAGACUUGGUGCAAAUACCAAAACUUGGUGUAGUGUGGAUGCCUAGAAUGUGCAUUAGAAUCAGGGACUUCAAAGCAAUGGAGCGGCUAGAACUCAGUGGAGAAAAAUGACUCAACUUGAUUGUUAAAUUAACUCCUUUCUGCAAGUUAGCUUCUAGUAUAUAACAUUCGCUUUGCUAGAAAGGGUGAAAGCAGAAACUGUUUAGAUCAAUGUUUCUCAAUCUUAGCAAUUUUAAGAUGUGUGGACAGCAACUUCCCAUGCUGGCUGGAGAAUUUUGGGAGUUGUGGUCCAGAUAUCUUAAAAGUUGCCAGGGUUGAGAAACAAUAGCU